AUGACAGGGCCAGUGAUGGUGACAAAGGGUGGUGGAUGCGGUGGUGAGAAGGGGAGGAGAAUGGAGAGAGUCACCGAAGAAGAACAAAACCAGCUCUCACCGGUGGCGGUUGUCUUGGCGGCUCUCAGAAAAUCCAUGGUGGCUUGCAGUGUUGAAUCUCCUGAUGAUGUCAUCUCCGCCGUGCAUCCCAUGGAGAUUGGAUGGCCCACCAAUGUUAAGCACAUAAGUCAUGUCACUUUCGAUCGUUUCAAUGGCUUUCUGGGUCUUCCCGUUGAGUUAGAGGUUGAUAUUCCCGGUCGGGUUCCCAGUGCUAGUGUUAGUGUGUUUGGCGUCUCAGCAGAAUCAAUGCAGUGUUCUUAUGAUUCGAAAGGAAACAGUGUCCCCACUAUUCUGUUGCUAAUGCAGGAGCGAUUAUACUCACAGGGAGGACUAAAGGCUGAAGGUAUAUUUCGGAUAAACCCAGAAAACAGUGAAGAGGAGCAUUUGAGGGACCAGUUGAAUAGGGGCAUUGUGCCAGAUGACAUUGAUGUUCAUUGCUUGGCAGGCCUAAUUAAAGCUUGGUUCCGAGAACUUCCUUCAGGAGUGCUAGAUGGACUUUCUCCAGAGCAAGUUCUUCAGUGCAACACAGAAGAAGAAUCUGUUCACCUUGUGAAGCAGCUAAAGCCAACUGAGUCAGCCUUGCUCAACUGGGCUAUUGAUCUCAUGGCUGAUGUUGUAGAAGAAGAGGAGUAUAAUAAGAUGGAUGCAAGAAAUAUUGCAAUGGUUUUUGCUCCAAAUAUGACUCAGAUGUCUGAUCCACUAACUGCUCUGAUGCAUGCGGUCCAAGUGAUGAAUUUACUAAAGACCUUGAUACUGAAGACACUUAGAGAACGUGAAGAAACAGCAACAGCAGGAUAUUCAUCCAUGUCAUUUCAUUCAUCAGAUCGCCAAUCUGAGGAUGAGUAUGACAGUCAGCAAGAAAUGGAUAUCAGUGGUGAAUUGAGAGGGAACAAGUCAGAUUAUGAUGAUCAUGUUAACUGCAGCCGUAGCAAUGAAGAGGAAGAGGAAGAGAAGGAGGCUGCAUCUGUAAAUGACAUAGAGGAAUGCCUCUUGAAGUGGUUGGAUGAGAACACAAAAGGAUUCUCAGAAGAACCUGAAGGGUAUUUGCAAGAAGAGUUUGACAGCCCCAGGAAUUGCUCUGGCUAUAAAGUGGAAUGUGCUAUGUCAUUUACUGAUAUCAAAACUGGGAAUUCAUGCUCGAGUUCCUCUUAUGGAGAUGAUUCGAGAACAACUCUGACUGCUGAGGGAACAAGUAGUCCAUCAAUAGGAAGUACAGGCACCUAUGAUGUGGAGAUGAUGGAUAAAUUUACAGAUUCUAUUUCACUGGUACCACUGUUUGCAUCUGGUUAAGAACUGAGCUUCUUUUAAGCAGCAUUUAUGUAACUUGUUUUAGAUUUGGUCUCUACAAGCAGAGUUGCUUGUGUAAAUUAGUUAGUACGUGGAGUAGGAAGUGUUUGCUUGUUGUGGAUUGUGAGGUGGUUAUGUUCAGUUUAGGGCUGAAUUUAACCUGAUCCUGCAGUAUGUCCCAGUACUUGGACAGUUCUAACUGUGAUAC